CAUAAUAACUACACGUUGUCUGCAGCAAAUCUUUCGUGUUGCUCCAUAAUAUUUUGGAAGCAGCUGCCAACUUGAUAUCCGAUGGUGAACUUGUGAAGAAAUUGUCAGGAACAAAUAAACGACACAACUGUUUGUAUAUGAUGUCAUCUGUUACCAACACAUUUGAAAAUGUGAAAGCGGUUAUCUUAUCAGCACACAAGAGCACCACCUCAAGAGACAAGGUCGACUUCUACAACACCUGGGCAGAGAACUACGAUCAGGAUGUGGCCGUUCUGGACUACCGUGCACCAAGUCUGGCAGCAAAAAGCAUCUUGUCACAUUUCAGUGGUGACCGGGAAGCAGCUCUGGUGCUGGAUGUGGCCUGUGGCACAGGACUGGUAGCCAAACAGAUGAAAAAACAUGGAUUUGGACAUUUUGUGGGUAUUGAUGGAAGUGAGGCGAUGUUGGAGUUGGCCAGAGGGACUGAGUUGUAUCAGGACCUCAAGCAUUGCAUGCUUGGAGAGGAGCCGCUACCUGUCCAGUGGGGUGUGUUUGAUGUGGUUGUGAUUGCUGGAGCACUGAGUGAUGGUCAGGUACCAGUUGGUGUGGUCAGAGAGCUCUGCAAAUCCACCAAACCAGGUGGCUGCGUUUGCAUGACAACCAGGAGUAACCAUGACAACCUGGAAUACAAAGCCGCUCUGGGCCGUGAGCUGAAGCAGAUGGAGGAAGAGGGCCUCUGGAGUUGCGUCGAUGUCACUGAGGUCGAAGACUGGGAGAGAGCGGUAUCAGAGCAGGAGGACGGCUACAUAUCGGGCUCUGUGUAUCUCUAUAAGAAACUUCAACAGUAGCAAAAUGAACAACAAUAUUGCCAAAGCACAGAACACAUUUAUGCAAGAAGAUGCAAAAUAGUGAAAUAACUCACUCAACACUGGUACAAAGUGUCACGAUUUGUUGAUAUUCAACCCAAAGUUGAAGUUGUUAAUCUGCAUUCUUGGAUAAUGUAAAAUGAAGACCUCAAAUGUUCUCAAGUGUCAUUUUUAACAAUGUCCCUGUUACAUGUGUGGACACGUUGCAAUACAUUUUGUAUACUUAUACUUACAAUAAGUCCCUGAGCAGCAUAGAGGAGAGAUUUAGGCAGAGGAGUGUAUUCAUUGUUGGUCCUCUUGAGGUUGCAAUAUAACUGUAUGUGACAUGUAAGUACUAUUAUAUGAUGCUGCUAUCUCAAAAUGUCUGAGAUAGAUUUAACAAGUAAAACACAUUUGACAUUUGGUGUAAAUGUAAUCAGAUUUGUUACCACGGUGUCAUUAAAAACAUUUCUUGGA